CUGCCACCUGCGCAUGGACGGUAUGCAGCACCCGCCGAUUCGUAUGGCUCUUAAUUAUGCCUAUUAAUUCCAUUCUUUCCUCGUAAUUGUAUCCCUCAGCCUCCUCCCCAAUCCUUUAAAUAUAUCUCGUCAUUCGCUCAGAAGUCCUCGCCAUCUGUCACCGGCGACGUGAGGCGAGGCCACGAGCAAGGACUGGUCCGAUCCUUAUGUCCACGAAUGUGAGCAGCGAGCGAGUGUUAUGCGAAGCUGAUCAUGCGAGGGUGGUCGGCGAGCUUGGUGUCCGCGUCAGAUCUCGGGUAGAGCUUCAGCGCGUGCAGCUCAACAGGGCAGAGACAACCUGCUUGCACUGGUGCCACGCUCCCAUCCUGACCGUUUCGCGUAAUCGCGGUGAACGCUGCGCCUCCACGGCAUUGCCGCCUUUUCACAGGAUGGGUAUGAUUACGCAGCUGUAUGCGCCACUCGUAACCGGCCAGCCGGUCUCGCUCUUCGCACCUCGUACUCCCAAUCCCCACUUCAAAAAACGCGCUCGAAGCUACACGAUGGACAAGUGCAAACGCGCUCCCUGCCAUCCAUGCAUACUUAGAGGUGUGUGCGACCAAAACGUUUGUCCUACUGUAGCGGGUCGACCUCGUGCUCAAUCGUCUUGUGCAGGAAUCAAUACGCGAUGACGAAGGUGUUAGAUUACUCGCGGAACUUGAUGCUGUGGCGUACGGCGGUGGUCCGCUCUCAAAGAAAGCUGGUGACAGGCUCAUCGACGCGGGUGUAACGUUAGUCGCGGUGUAUGGUGGCACCGAGUUCGGUGCUUCCUCGUCAGCAUUUGACUAUGAGCGCGACGUUCGCAUGAACCCUGCAGGUAAGACUCGCGAGGAAUGGCAGUGGAUCCAGUUUCCCACGGACCUGGUGAACAUUCGCUGGUAUUCG